AUGACCCAUCACUCCCAACUGCCCCAUUCUCCCAUUCUCCCGUGGACAACUCAUUCUCCCUCUUUUCAUCACCCCGCCCCAUUCUCCCUCUUUCCAUCACCCCACCCCAUCCUUCUUCUUUCCAUCGCCCCGCCCCAUUCUUCCGCUUUUCAUCACCCCCUUUCCAUCACCCCGCCCCAUUCUCCCGCUUUCCAUCACCCCGCCCCAUUCUCCCGCUUUCCAUCACCCCGCCCCAUUCUCCCGCUUUCCAUCACCCCGCCCCCUUCUCCCUCCUUCCAUCACCCCGCCCCAUUCUCCCUCCUUCCAUCACCCCGCCCCAUUCUCCCGCUUUCCAUCAGCCCGCCCCAUUCUCCCGCUUUCCAUCACCCCGCCCCAUUCUCCCGCUUCCCAUCACCCCACCCCAUUCUCCCGCUUUCCAUCACCCCGCCACAUUUUCCCGCUUUCUAUCACCCCGCCCCAUUCUCCCUCCUUCCAUCACCCUGCCCCAUUCUCCCGCUUUCCAUCACCCCGCCCCAUUCUCCCGCUUUCCAUCACCCCGCCCCAUUCUCCCGCUUUCCAUCACCCCGCCCCAAUCUCCCGCUUUCCAUCAUCCCGCCCCAUUCUCCCUCCUUCCAUCACCCUGCCCCAUUCUCCCGCUUUCCAUCACUCCGCCCCAUUCUCCCUCCUUCCAUCACCCCGCCCCAUUCUCCCUCCUUCCAUCACCCCGCCCCAUUCUCCCGCUUUCCAUCACCCCGCCCCAUUCUCCCGCUUCCCAUAACCCCACCCCAUUCUCCCGCUUUCCAUCACCUCGCCACAUUCUCCCACUUUCCAUCACCCCGCCCCCUUCUCUCUCCUUCCAUCACCCCGCACCAUUCUCCCUCCUUCCAUCACCCCACCCCAUUCUCCCGCUCUUCAUCAGCCCGCCCCAUUCUCCCGCUUUCCAUCACCCCUCCCCUUUCUCCCGCUUUCCAUCUCCCCACCCCAUUCUCCCGCUUUCCAUCACCCCGCCCCUUUCUCUUGCUUUCCAUCACCCCGCCCCAUUCUUCCGCUUCCCAUCAUCCCGCCCCAUUCCCCUGCUUUCCAUCACCCCUCCCCAUUCUCCCUCCUUCCAUCACCCCGCCCCAUUCUCUCGCUUUCCAUCACCCCGCCCCAUUCUCCCGCUUUCCAUCACCCCGCCCCAUUCUCCCGCUUCCCAUAACCCCACCCCAUUCUCCCGCUUUCCAUCACCCCGCCACAUUCUCCCACUUUCCAUCACCCCGCCCCCUUCUCUCUCCUUCCAUCAACCCGCACCAUUCUACCUCCUUCCAUCACCCCGCCCCAUGCUCCCGCUUUCCAUCACCCCGCCCCAUUCUCCCGCUUUUCAUCACCCCGCCCCAUUCUCCCGCUUUCCAUCACCCCGCCCCAUUCUCCCGCUUUCCAUCACCCCGCCCCAUUCUCCCUCCUUCCAUCACCCCGCCUCAUUCUACCUCCUUCCAUCACCCCGCCCCAUGCUCCCGCUUUCCAUCACCCCGCCCCAUUCUCCCGCUUUUCAUCACCCCGCCCCAUUCUCCCGCUUUCCAUCACCCCGCCCCAUUCUCCCUCCUUCCAUCACCCCGCCUCAUUCUACCUCCUUCCAUCACCCCGCCCCAUGCUCCCGCUUUCCAUCACCCCGCCCCAUUCUCCCUCUUUUCAUCACCCCGCCCCAUUCUCCCACUUUCCAUCACCCGCCCCAUUCUCCCGCUUUCCAUCACCCCGCCCCAUUCUCCCGCUUUCCAUCACCCCGCCCCAUUCUCCCAUAACCCCGCCCCAUUCUCCCGCUUUCCAUCACCCCGCCCCAUUCUCCCGCUUUCCAUCACCCCGCCCCAUUCUCCCGCUUUCCAUCACCCCGCCCCAUUCUCCCGCUUUCCAUCACCCCGCCCCAUUCUCCUGCUUUCCAUCACCCCGCCCCUUUCUCCCUCUUUCCAUCACCCCGCCCCAUUCUCCCGCUUUCCAUCACCCCGCCCCAUUCUCCCGCUUUCCAUCACCCCACCCCAUUCUUCCGUUUUCCAUCACCGCGCCCUAUUCUCCCGCUUUCCAUCACCCCGCCCCAUUCUCAAGCUUUCCAUCACCCCGCCCCAUUCUCCUGCUUUCCAUCACCUCGCCCCAUUCUCCCGCUUUCCAUCACCCCGCCCUAUUCUCCCGCUUUCCAUCAUCCCGGCCCAUUCUCCCGUUUUCCAUCACCCCGUCCCAUUCUCCUGCUUUCCAUCACCCCGCCCUAUUCUCCCGCUUUCCAUCACCCCGCCCCAUACUCCCGCUUUCCAUCACCCCGUCCCAUUCUCCCUCUUUUCAUCACCCCGCCCCAUUCUCCCUCUUUCCACCACCCCGCCCCAUUCUCCCGCUUUCCAUCACCCCGGCCCAUUCUCCCUAUUUCCAUCACCCCGCUCCAUUCUCCCACUUUCCAUCACCCCGCCCCAUUCUCCCGCUUUCCUCUCCCUCUUUCCAUCACCCCGCCCCAUUCUCCCUAUUUCCAUCACCCUGCCCCAUGCUCCCUCUUUCCAUCACCCCGCCCCAUCCUCCCUAUUUCCAUCACCCCGCCCCAUUCUUCCGCUUUCCAUCACCCCGCCCCAUUCUCCAGCUUACCAUCACCCCGCCCCAUUCUCCCGCUUUCCAUCACCCCGCCCCAUUCUCCCGCUUUCCAUCAACCCGCCCAAUUCUCCCGCUUUCCAUCUCCCCGCCCCAUUCUCCCGCUUUCCAUCACCCCGCCCCAUUCUCCUGCUUUCCAUCACCCCACCCCAUUCUCCCGCUUUCCACCACCCCGCCCCAUUCUCCCGCUUUCCAUCACCCCGCCCCAUUCUCCCGCUUUCCAUCACCCCACCCCAUCCUCCCACCUUCCAUCACCCCGCCCCAUUCUCCCUCCUUCCCAUCACCCCAAACCAUUCUCCCGCUUUCCAUCACCCCACCCCACUCUCCCGCUUUCCAUCACCCCGCCCCAUUCUCUCGCUUUCCAUCACCCCGCCCCAUUCUCCCGCUUUCCAUCACCCCGCCCCAUUCUCCCGCUUUCCAUCACCCCUCCCCAUUCUUCCUCCUUCCAUCACCCCGCCCCAUUCUCCUUCCUUCCAUCACCCCGCCCCAUUCUCCCACUUUCCAUCACCCCGCCCCAUUUUCCCGUUUUCCAUCACCCCGCCCCAUUCUCCCGCUUUCCAUCACCCCUCCCCAUUCUCGUUGCUUCCAUCACCCCGCCCCAAUCUCCCUCCUUCCAUCACCACGCCCCAUUCUCCCGCUUUCCAUGACCCCGCCCCAUUGUACCGCUUUCCAUCACCACGCCCCAUUCUCCCGCUUUCCAUCACCCUGCCCCAUUCUCCCAUCACCCCGCCCCAUUCUCCCGCUUUCCAUCACCCCGCCCCAUUCUCCCGCUUUCCAUCACUCCGCCCCAUUCUCCCGCUUAUCAUCGCCCCGAAACAUUCUCCUGCUUUCCAUCACCCCGCCCCAAUCUCCCUCUUUCCAUCAACCCACCCCAUUCUUCCUCCUUCCAUCUCCCCGCCCCAUUCUCCUGCCUUCAAUCACCCCGCCCCAUUCUCCCGCUUUCCAUCACCCCGCCCCAUUUUCCUGUUUUCCAUCACCCCGCCCCAUUCUCCUGCUUUCCAUCACCCCGCCCCAUUCUCCCGUUUUCCACCACCCCGCCCCAUUCUCCCGCUUUCCAUCACCUUUCCCAUUCUCCCGCUUUCCAUCACCCCACCCCAUCCUCCCACCUUCCAUCGACCCGCCCCAUUCUCCUUCCAUCCAUCACCCCGCCCCAUUCUCCUUCCUUCCAUCACCCCGCCCCAUUCUCCCACUUUCCAUCACCCCGCCCCAUUUUCCCGUUUUCCAUCACCCCGCCCCAUUCUCCCGCUUUCCAUCACCCCUCCCCAUUCUCGUUGCUUCCAUCACCCCGCCCCAAUCUCCCUCCUUCCAUCACCACGCCCCAUUCUCCCGCUUUCCAUGACCCCGCCCCAUUGUACCGCUUUCCAUCACCACGCCCCAUUCUCCCGCUUUCCAUCACCCCGCCCCAUUCUCCCAUCACCCCGCCCCAUUCUCCCGCUUUCCAUCACCCCGCCCCAUUCUCCCGCUUUCCAUCACUCCGCCCCAUUCUCCCGCUUAUCAUCGCCCCGAAACAUUCUCCUGCUUUCCAUCACCCCGACCCAAUCUCCCUCUUUCCAUCAACCCACCCCAUUCUUCCUCCUUCCAUCUCCCCGCCCCAUUCUCCUGCCUUCCAUCACCCCACCCCAUUCUCCCGCUUUCCAUCACCCCGCCCCAUUUUCCCGUUUUCCAUCACCCCGCCCCAUUCUCCUGCUUUCCAUCACCCUACCCCAUUCUCCCGCUUUCCACCACCCCGCCCCAUUCUCCCGCUUUCCAUCACCCCGCCCCAUUCUCCCGCUUUCCAUCACCCCACCCCAACCUCCCACCUUCCAUCACCCCGCCCCAUUCCCCCUCCUUCCCAUCACCCCAAACCAUUCUCCCGCUUUCCAUCACCCCACCCCAUUCUCCCGCUUUCCAUCACCCCGCCCCAUUCUCUCGCUUUCCAUCACCCCGCCCCAUUCUCCUGCUUUCCAUCACCCCGCCCCAUUCUCCCGCUUUCCAUCACCCCUCCCCAUUCUCCCUCCUUCCAUCACCCCGCCCCAUUCUCCUUCCUUCCAUCACCCCGCCCCAUUCUCCCACUUUCCAUCACCCCGCCCCAUUUUCCCGUUUUCCAUCACCCCGCCCCAUUCUCCCGCUUUCCAUCACCCCUCCCCAUUCUCGUUGCUUCCAUCACCCCGCCCCAAUCUCCCUCCUUCCAUCACCACGCCCCAUUCUCCCGCUUUCCAUGACCCCGCCCCAUUGUACCGCUUUCCAUCACCCCGCCCCAUUCUCCCGCUUCCUAUCACCCAGCCUCAUUCUCCCGCUUUCCAUCACCCCGUCCCAUUCUCCCUCCUUCCAUCACCCCGCCCCAUUUUCCCUCCUUCCAUCACCCCGCCCGAUUCUCUUGCCUUCCAUCACCCCGUCCUAUUCGCCCGCUUUCCAUCACCCCUCCCCAUUCUCGCGCUUUCCAUCAUCCUGCCCCAUUCUCCCGCUUUCCAUCAACCCGCCCCAUUCUCCCGCUUUCCAUCACCCCGCCUCAUUCUCCCUCCUUCCAUCACCCCACCUUAUUCUCCCGCUUUCCAUUACCCCGCCCCAUUCUCCCGCUUUCCAUCAACCCGCCCCAUUCUCCCGCUUUCCAUCACCCCGCCCCAUUCUCCCGCUUUCCAUCACCCCGCCCCACUCUCCCGCUUUCCAUCACCCUGCCCUAUUCUCCCGCUUUCCAUCACCCCGCCCCAUUCUACCGAUUUCCAUCACCCCGCCCCAUUCUCCCGCUUUCCAUCACCCCGCCCCAUUCUCCCGCUUUCCCUCACCCUGCCCCACUUUCCAUCACCCCGCCCCAAUCUCCCUCCUUCCAUCACCCCACCCCAUUCUCCCGCUUUCCAUCACCCCGCCCCAUUCUCCCGCUUUCCAUCACCCCGCCCCAUUCUCCCGCUUUCCAUCACCCCACCCCAACCUCCCACCUUCCAUCACCCCGCCCCAUUCCCCCUCCUUCCCAUCACCCCAAACCAUUCUCCCGCUUUCCAUCACCCCACCCCAUUCUCCCGCUUUCCAUCACCCCGCCCCAUUCUCUCGCUUUCCAUCACCCCGCCCCAUUCUCCUGCUUUCCAUCACCCCGCCCCAUUCUCCCGCUUUCCAUCACCCCUCCCUAUUCUCCCUCCUUCCAUCACCCCGCCCCAUUCUCCUUCCUUCCAUCACCCCGCCCCAUUCUCCCACUUUCCAUCACCCCGCCCCAUUUUCCCGUUUUCCAUCACCCCGCCCCAUUCUCCCGCUUUCCAUCACCCCUCCCCACUCUCGUUGCUUCCAUCACCCCGCCCCAAUCUCCCUCCUUCCAUCACCACGCCCCAUUCUCCCGCUUUCCAUGACCCCGCCCCAUUGUACCGCUUUCCAUCACCCCGCCCCAUUCUCCCGCUUCCUAUCACCCAGCCUCAUUCUCCCGCUUUCCAUCACCCCGUCCCAUUCUCCCUCCUUCCAUCACCCCGCCCCAUUUUCCCUCCUUCCAUCACCCCGCCCGAUUCUCUUGCCUUCCAUCACCCCGUCCUAUUCGCCCGCUUUCCAUCACCCCUCCCCAUUCUCGCGCUUUCCAUCAUCCUGCCCCAUUCUCCCGCUUUCCAUCACCCCGCCCCAUUCUCCCGCUUUCCAUCACCCCGCCUCAUUCUCCCUCCUUCCAUCACCCCACCUUAUUCUCCCGCUUUCCAUUACCCCGCCCCAUUCUCCCGCUUUCCAUCAACCCGCCCCAUUCUCCCGCUUUCCAUCACCCCGCCCCAUUCUCCCGCUUUCCAUCACCCCGCCCCACUCUCCCGCUUUCCAUCACCCUGCCCCAUUCUCCCGCUUUCCAUCACCCCGCCCCAUUCUACCGAUUUCCAUCACUCCGCCCCAUUCUCCCGCUUUCCAUCACCCCGCCCCAUUCUCCCGCUUUCCCUCACCCUGCCCCAGUCUCCCGCACUCCAUAGCCCUGCCCUAUUCUCCCGCUUUCCAUCACCUCGCCCCCUUCUCCAGCUUUCCAUCACCCCGCCCCAAUCUCCCUCCUUCCAUCACCCCACCCCAUUCUCCCGCUUUCCAUCACCCCGCCCCAUUCUCCCGCUUUCCAUCACCCCGCCCCAUUCUUCCUAUUUCCAUCACCCUUCCCCAUGCUCCCUCGUUCCAUCACCCCGCCCCAUCCUCCCUAUUUCAAUCACCCCGCCCCAUUCUUCCGCUUUCCAUCACCCCGCCCCAUUCUCCAGCUUACCAUCACCCCGCCCCAUUCUCCCGCUUUCCAUCACCCCGCCCCGUUCUCCAGCUUUCCAUCACCCCGCCCCAUUCUCCCGCUUUCCAUCAACCCGGCCAAUUCUCCCGCUUUCCAUCAUCCCACCCCAUUCUCCCGCUUUCCAUCACCCCGCCCCAUUCUCCCGCUUUCCAUCACCCCGCCCCAUUCUCCCGCUUUCCAUCACCCCGCCCCAUUCUCCCGCUUUCCAUCACCCCGCCCCAUUCUUCCGUUUUCCAUCACCCCGCCCCAUUCACCCCGCCCCAUUCUCCCUCUUUCCAUCAACCCGCCCCAUUCUCCCGCUUUUUUUUCACCCCGCCCCAUUCUCCCUCUUUCCAUCACCCCACCCCAUUCUUCCGCUUUUCAUCACCCUGCCCCAUUCUCCCUCUUUCCAUCACCCCGCCCCAUUCCCCCUCUUUCCAUCAGCCCGCCCCAUUCUCCCACUUUUCUUCACCCCGCCCCAUUCUUCCGCUUUUCAUCACCCCGCCCCAUUCUCCCGCUUUCCAUCACCUCGCCCCAUUCUCCCGCUUUCCAUCACCCCGCCCCAUUCUCCCGCUUUCCAUCACCCUGCCCCGUUCUCCCGCUUUCCAUCACUCCGCCCCAUUCUCCCGCUUUCCAUCACCCCGCCCUAUUCUCAAGCUUUCCAUCACCCCGCCCCAUUCUCCCGCUUUCCAUCACCCCGCCCCAUUCUCCCGCUUUCCAUCACCCCGCCCCAUUCUCCCGCUUUCCAUCACCCCGCCCCAUUCUCCCGCUUUCCAUCACCCCGCCCCAUUCUCCCGCUUUCCAUCACCCCGCCCCAUUCUCCUGCUUUCCAUCACCCCGCCCCUUUCUCCCUCUUUCCAUCACCCCGCCCCAUUCUCCCGCUUUCCAUCACCCCGCCCCAUUCUCUCGCUUUCCAUCACCCCACUCCAUUCUCCCGUUUUCCAUCACCCCGCCCCAUUCUCCCGCUUUCCAUCACCCCGCCCCAUUCUCAAGCUUUCCAUCACCCCGCCCCAUUCUCCUGCUUUCCAUCACCUCGCCCUAUUCUCCCGCUUUCCAUCACCCCGCCCUAUUCUCCCGCUUUCCAUCACCCCGGCCCAUUCUCCCGUUUUCCAUCACCCCGUCCCAUUCUCCUGCUUUCCAUCACCCCACCCUAUUCUCCCGCUUUCCAUCACCCCGCCCCAUUCUCCCGCUUUCCAUCACCCCGUCCCAUUCUCCCUCUUUUCAUCACCCCGCCCCAUUCUCCCUCUUUCCACCACCCCGCCCCAUUCUCCCGCUUUCCAUCACCCCGGCCCAUUCUCCCUAUUUCCAUCACCCCGCUCCAUUCUCCCACUUUCUAUCACCCCGCCCCAUUCUCCCGCUUUCCGUCACCCCGCCCCAUUCUCCCGCUUUCCAUCACCCCGCCCCAUUCUCCCUCUUUCCAUCACCUUGCCCCAGUCUCCCUCUUUCCAUCACCCCGCCCCAUUCUCCCUAUUUCCAUCACCCUGCCCCAUGCUCCCUCUUUCCAUCACCCCGCCCCAUCCUCCCUAUUUCCAUCACCCCGCCCCAUUCUUCCGCUUUCCAUUUCCCCGCCCCAUUCUCCAGCUUACCAUCACCCCGCCCCAUUCUCCCGCUUUCCAUCACCCCGCCCCAUUCUCCCGCUUUCCAUCAACCCGCCCAAUUCUCCCGCUUUCCAUCUCCCCGCCCCAUUCUCCCGCUUUCCAUCACCCCGCCCCAUUCUCCCGCUUUCGAUCACCCCGCCCCAUUCUCCCGCUUUCCAUCACCCCGCCCCAUUCUCCCGCUUUCCAUCACCCCGCCCCAUUCUUCCGCUUUCCAUCACCCCGCCCCAUUCACCCUGCCCCAUUCUCCCUCUUUCCAUCAACCCACCCCAUUCUCCCGCUUUUCUUCACCCCGCCCCAUUCUCCCUCUUUCCAUCACCCCACCCCAUUCUUCCGCUUUUCAUCACCCUGCCCCAUUCUCCCUCUUUCCAUCACCCCGCCCCAUUCCCCCUCUUUCCAUCAGCCCGCCCCAUUCUCCCGCUUUUCUUCAUCCCGCCCCAUUCUUCCGCUUUUCAUCACCCCGCCCCAUUCUCCCGCUUUCCAUCACCCCGCCCCAUUCUCCCGCUUUCCAUCACCCCGCCCCAUUCUCCCGCUUUCCAUCACCCUGCCCCGCUCUCCCGCUUUCCAUCACUCCGCCCCAUUCUCCCGCUUUCCAUCACCCCGCCCUAUUCUCAAGCUUUCCAUCACCCCGCCCCAUUCUCCCGCUUUCCAUCACCCCGCCCCAUUCUCCCGCUUUCCAUCACCCCGCCCCAUUCUCCCGCUUUCCAUCACCCCGCCCCAUUCUCCUGCUUUCCAUCACCCCGCCCCAUUCUCCGUCUAUCCAUCACCCCGCCCCAUUCUCCCGCUUUCCAUCACCCCGCCCCUUUCUCCCUCUUUCCAUCACCCCGCCCCAUUCUCCCGCUUUCCAUCACCCCGCCCCAUUCUCCCGCUUUCCAUCACCCCACCCCAUUCUCCCGUUUUCCAUCACCCCGCCCCAUUCUCCCGCUUUCCAUAACCCCGCCCCAUUCUCCCUCUUUUCAUCACCCCGCCCCGUUCUCCCUCUUUCCAUCACCCCACCCCAUCCUUCCUCUUUCCAUCGCCCCACCCCAUUCUUCCGCUUUUCAUCACCCCGUCCCAUUCUCCCUCUUUCCAUCACCCCUCCCCAUUCUCCCGCUUUCCAUCACCCCGCCCCAUUCUCCCGCUUUCCAUCACCCCGCCCCAUUCUCCCGCUUUCCAUCACCCCGCCCCAUUCUCCCUCCUUCCAUCACCCCGCCUUAUUCUCCCGCUUUCCAUAACCCCGCCCCAUUCUCCCGCUUUCCAUCACCCCUCCCCAUUCUCCCGCUUUACAUCACCCCGCCCCAUUCUCCCGCUUUCUAUCACCCUGCCCCAUUCUCCCGCUUUCCAUCACCCUGUCCCAUUCUCCCGCUUUCCAUCACCCCGCCCCAUUCUCCCGCUUUCUAUCACCCCGACCCAUUCUCCCUCCUUCCAUCACCCCGCCCCAUUCUCCAUCCUUCCAUCACCCCGCCCUAUUCUCCCUCCUUACAUCACCCCGCCCCAUUCUCCCUCUUUCCACCACCUCGCCCCAUUCUCCCGCAUUCGAUCACCACGCCCCAUUCUCCCUCCUUCCAUCACCCCACCCCAUUCUCCCGCUUUCCAUCACUCCGCCCCAUUCUCCCGCAUUCCAUCACACCACCCCAUUCUCCCGCUUUCCAUCACCCCUCCCCAUUCUCCUGCCUUCCAUCACCCUGCCCCAUUCUCCCGCUUUCCAUCACCCCGCCCCAUUUUCCCGUUUUCCAUCACCCCGCCCCAUUCUCCUGCUUUCCAUCACCCCGCCCCAUUCUCCCGCUUUCCAUCACCCCGCCCCAUUCUCCCGCUUUCCAUCACCCCGCCCCAUUCUCCCGCUUUCCAUAA